CUGCUCAUUAAGGCAGCCAUCUUGGUCAACACCCACCCUGCGUGCAUCGCUAGCCAAUCCAAUUAACCGAAGCGGAGGGAGCCAUACAUGUGUGUGCGUACUCAGUGUGUGUGUCAGUGUGCUGAGCAGAGACAGGGCUGUGUGAUUCCAGUAGCGCCACUGAGGAGCCCAGCGAACAGCGCCCAAAUCCCUGUUGGCCCAUUCUGUGCUGAGACACGACAGAGCAAGAGAGGGAGAGAGGCAGGGCAAGCCCUUUAUUUCACACGCGGGGGUUUCUACUUGCUCAUUCACCAGAGGAGAACAGCCACAGCAGCAGCAGCACCACCAUCACCCGUGAGCACACCAGUAGGCGCAGCAGUGGAAGACAAGGAGAAGUGGGGGGAGGUGCAGACAGCACAAGCCGAAUCCGAAGAAGAAUAGCAUCCCUAUCUGAGUCCUGCUGUUUGCCUGUUUUUUUCUCCUCCUCCUCCUCCUCCUCCUCCAUCCAUUCCCCGUGUUGCUCUUUGUUUUCCUCUCGUGUUUUUUUCCCUCCGCUCUGCUGAUUCACUGGUGCUGUUGGAGACGACAGGCAGAGCGUAAAGAAUUCUCCUCUCCUUCCUCCUUCCCCCCUCCUCCUCCUCCUGCUCCUACUCUUUAUUUUCUGGUAUUCUCUCUGGAUUUUUUUCCUCACUUGUUUUUUUGGAGAGGUGCCUGGCUUGGUUUGGGUGAGCAAGCGAGGAGGGGACCUUUUCCUGGAAUCCGUGGCGGCGGUGGCGUUGUUGUUGUUAUAGUAGCAUCAGCUGAGUCAUCAUCAUGUCCGACCUGACGCCUCAGAGCGACGCCCCAACCCCCACCACCGACAAGAUCACGCAGGCCGCCCGCGAGACCAUUUACCUCUGCAACUUCCGCGUGUCCGUGGACGGAGAAUGGCUGUGUCUGCGCGAACUCAACGACAUCUCCCUCACGCCCGACCCCGAGCCGGCCCACGAAGACUCAUGGGAGGAUUUCACAGAUUUGGUGGAACAAAUGCGCUUGCUUGAUGAGUUUAAAGAUCCCAAGGACCCUAUCGCCAUCGAGAGGCUCAACCUGAUGAACAUGGCUAAGCUGAGCAUCAAGGGCCUGAUUGAGUCGGCGUUAAACCUGGGUCGGACGUUGGACUCCGACUACGCCCCGCUCCAGCAGUUCUUUGUGGUGAUGGAGCACUGCCUCAAACAUGGACUUAAAAGUAAGAAGACCUUCCUGGGACAGAACAAGUCAUUUUGGGGUCCGCUGGAGCUGGUGGAGAAGCUGACACCUGAAGCUGGAGAAAUCACAGCCAGCGUGAAAGACCUGCCUGGACUCAAGACCCCGCUGGGCAGAGGGCGCGCUUGGCUAAGGCUGGCCCUCAUGCAGAAGAAGCUGUCCGACUACAUGAAGACCAUCAUCAACAGGAAGGACCUGCUAAGUGAGUUCUAUGAGGCCAAUGCUCUGAUGAUGGAGGAGGAAGGAGCAGUGAUCGCUGGGCUGCUGGUGGGCUUGAACGUGAUCGACGCCAACCUCUGCAUGAAGGGAGAAGAUUUGGACUCACAGGUGGGGGUUAUAGAUUUCUCAAUGUAUCUGAAGGAUGGCGGCCACAGUAGCAAGAGCACAGAAGGUGAUGGACAAAUAACAGCCAUUCUAGACCAGAAGAAUUAUGUGGAGGAGCUGAACAGACAUCUAAGUGCGUCAGUCAACAACCUUCAGGCCAAAGUAGACGCCUUGGAGAAGUCCAACUCCAAACUCACAGAAGAGUUGGCGGUAGCAAAUAAUCGUGUGAUCACCUUACAAGAGGAAGUGGAGCGGAUCAAGAUCGAGGGCUUCUAUCCUGCAGACAAGGUCCCCAGAGCGGAUGGCAGUGCAGAGGGCCAGGUGCUUGGGGAAGCUCGCAAGCAGCUCAAGGAGGAAACCCAACUAAGACUGGAUGUGGAGCGGGAGCUAGAGGUGCAGAUCGGCAUGAAGCAGGAGAUGGAGCUGUCCAUGAAGAUGCUGGAGAAGGACAUCUGCGAGAAGCACGACGCCCUGGUGGAGCUGCGCCAGCAGCUGGAUGACCUGCGGACGCUCAACCACGAGCUGCAGCACAAGUCGCAGAGUGCAGAGUCCGGCUCCAAACAGAAGACCGAGAUCAUCAGUCGCCUGGAGGAGAAGACCAACCAGAUGGCCGGCACCAUCAAACAGCUGGAGACCAGAUCCAAGCAGGCGGAGCGGCAGAGGGACCUGGCGGAGGAGGCCAACCGCCUCUUCAAGCAGGAGUUCGGGGACAAGAUUGAGAGCUUGCAGGAGGAGCUAGAACAGCUGAGGAAGCAGAAAUCCAGCUUGGAGGGAGAGCUGAAGAGGCAGAGGGAGCCUCGUGGAGGCCAGCACCAUGACAACGGCUCGGGGGACAAAAAGAGCUCCGUGGCCUCUAACAAAGACAGCAGGCAGCAGGUGGAGGACAUAAGAAAGUCCCCUUACAGUGUAUUCCCACUUGAUGUCCAUCCUGCACUAUCUAUUGUGCGUAUGCCUUGCCUUCUACAGGAGCUGGAGUCGGUCAGAAAAGAGAAUGACACUCUACGCACUGUGCUGGAGGAGAAAUCGAGUCUCAGUUCCAGCUUGUCCCUAUCACAAAAUGAGGAAGAGGAUGUGCAGGAACAGUCCUUAUUCGAGGACCUUGAGCCCUUCAUCUGCACAAUGUGUGAAAAAGAAGACUCCUUGACCAGGACCAAGAAGCAGUGCAAGAACUGCAGAGGGCUCUUCUGCGAGAGCUGCCUGGCCAACGAGUUACCCCUGCCCUCCUCCAUCAACCCUGAACAGGUCUGCGACUCCUGCUACUCCCAGCUUUUGCAACAGUAUGCAUCGAGCCCACCCUGAGGCAUUCACACACACACACACACACGGUGCAUAUCACAGAUUUCAUCAUUCUGAAUAUCAGAGCGAUGCACUUUUGACUCUUCAAAUGGGACUUUUGAAAUAAGGCAUUUUUUUUUCCGUAUCAAACUUUAAACCAAAAAAAACAAAAAUAUAUAUAUAUAUAUAAAUUAUCAUUUGCUCUAAUGUGUAAUGAUUUACAGUCACAUUUGCUUCUUGAAAGGGAUGCUUAGGGAUACUUUUGUUGUUUUUAAGUGCUCUGUGUGUGAGAAGCCUUUGGGAAGUAGUACUCCACUGCACACAUUCAUAUCUGCAUUGCAUCUUAAUCGUAUCAUGUCGCAAGUGAUGAGUGAUGUUGUCCACCAAGUGGAUUUAUACAGUUCUUGUAUUACUUGAAUUGUGUAUGAAAGUUUCUUUGAACUCCCUUAUCCUUUCUGCUCUUGUAUGUUCUUAAUAGUUUGGCAGUAUAUUUCAUGCUUGACUAACAGAAUGGCAAUUAUUGUAACUAGAUGAUGGCUGAAUUGAUUUAGAAAUCUUUUUACUUUUUUCUGGAAAGAGUAGCACUGUUGUAAACUGUGAUGGCCUAAGCCUGUAACAGAAUCACUACAUCUCAAACUGUGCAGGGCUGCUUUUAUUAUGGAAUGCUGACAUCAUGGAGGAACACUGUUUCUUUCGCCUUCAAAACGGACUGAUACUUUGUUGAUCUGAAGCUGAUUGACAAGUUGCAUUUUACUUGAUGUUUUAAUAAAAUUUUUAAAUCUUGA